CAAGAACAAACGCGAAACAUCGCGAAGCAACGAGAGCGCGGCAGAGAGGCAGAGCCGCAGAGCAGCAGCGAGAGGAGCGCCGUUGAGAGCAGAGAGCGGGCAGAGAGCAGAGCGACAUUUCGGCUGCAGACGGCGGUGGUGUCGGUGUCGUUUUGGUUUUGUCGGCGGUUGCUAAACACAAUUUAAGUUCACUCGGUUAGCAGACAUUACACACUGCCUGCUCACAUACAUAUGUACGCACUUGUAUAUAUGUGCAAUGUGUGUGUGUUUGUGCAAGAAACCAGAAAAAACGAAAAGUACAACAUUCGUUGAGUCGCGUUCGGCUUAAUUUUUUUUUUUUUUGUGUUACCGUGUGUGUGUUUGUGCUUUGGAUUUGCCAAUUUUAGCCGACUGACUCUCAGUGUCGAACUUAAACUUAAAGAGCGAGCAACGUGACGUGUCGCUACAAAUUCGCGCACACAACUUCCUACUACAAAAAAAAAAAAAAAAAAAAAACCGAAAGAAAGAAGCAAAAAAAAAACGUCGAAAAGCGAGACUUGUUUUUUUUCUUGUGCAUCUCUGUGUGUUUGUGGAAGUGCGAAAUGUAAUGUGAAGAGAAAGAAAGAUAGAGGGAGAGUCGCAAAGCGAGAGAGCUAGAGCAGCUGAUUUAGCCGGCAAGUGUCAGCUGUUUCACACCAGAGCGAGAUAGCGCUAGUUCGGCGAGGCGAACAUGUUAUGUCUUAUACGCCGUCUCUUCUUUGUGGUUCAUUCGCUCUAGCAAUGUUCCAACAACAACAACCGCAACAACUGGAAAUACAAGAAGCACAGCAAAUACAACAACAAAAUCCGCGUUUACAACUAAAUAAUCAUUAUCAAAGUAUACCCCAAAAUCAACAAUAUAUGCAAAACCGCCAGGAUUAUCUACAAGUUCAGCCAACCGUAGAAAUAAACAAGUUGCAAGUUGUACAAAAAACACAGCAACAACACAGUUAUGUGCAACAAAUAUACCAUCAACAACAAAGGCAAAUUGUUGAUUUUCAGCGUAUCAAUGAAAGGGCGCACAUGCAACCCACGCAAAUAGCAUUGCAAAGUCAGCAAAGAAUACCAGAUUUACAACAACAAUUGCAGAAAAUACAACGUUUAGCGAGCAAACCAGAAAUACUCCAAAUACAGCAAUUUCAAACAGCUACAGCUCAACAAAAGCAAACGAAAAAGCAAGGUGCAAAAACAGCAACGAUAACAUCGCUUAACAGCAAUAGCAACAGCAACAAUAGCAGCAGCAAUAGCAACAACUACUACACUAAUAACAGGAACAAAAAUAGUAUCGACAAUAAUAGCAGCAACAGCAGCGGCCAAAUAAUGUUAGCCUCUGCCAGCGCCUCUGCCUCCGCUCGGAAACGCAGUCGCAGCGCGAGUAACGGCAGCAAAAGCAACAACAAAACUGCCAGUGGCCGCAAAUUUACCAAAAGCAUGUCCGCCGGCGCUCAGUUGCAGAUGGCCCCGCAGACCACUUCGGCCCUAAGUCACCACCAUCCCAAUCAGCAGCAGCAGUUGCAACCGCCGCAGCAGCAGCAACCACAGCCCCCGCCCCCGCAACAGCAGCAUUUUGCUAACCAUCACAGCGCCCAGCAGCAGUCGCAGCAGCAGCAACAGGAGCAACAGAAUCCUCAGCAGCAGGCGCAGCAGCAGCAGCAGAUACUCCCGCAGCAACAUUUGCAGCACCUGCACAAGCAUCCGCAUCAGCUGCAACUGCAUCAACAGCAGCAACAACAACUCCACCAGCAGCAGCAACACUUCCACCAGCAGUCGCUGCAAGGGCUGCAUCAGGGUAGCAGCAAUCCGGAUUCGAAUAUGAGCACUGGCUCCUCGCACAGCGAGAAGGAUGUCAAUGAUAUGCUGAGUGGCGGCGCAGCAACGCCAGGAGCUGGAACAUCAGCGAUUCAACAGCAACAACAGCAACAUCCCGCCUUUGCGCCCGCACUUGGAAUGCAGCAGCCGCCGCCGCCGCCCCCUCAGCACUCUAAUAAUGGAGGCGAGAUGGGCUACUUGUCGGCAGGGACGACUACGACGACGUCGGUGUUAACGGUAGGCAAACCUCGGACGCCAGCGGAGCGGAAACGGAAGCGAAAAAUGCCGCCAUGUGCCACUAGUGCAGAUGAGGCGGGGAGUGGCGGUGGCUCUGGCGGAGCAGGAGCAACCGUGGUUAACAACAGCACUCUGAAGGGCAAAUCAUUGGCCUUUCGUGAUAUGCCCAAGGUAAACAUGAGCCUGAAUCUGGGCGAUCGUCUGGGCGGAUCUGCAAGUAGCGGAGGAGGAGCCGGUGUCGCCGGAAGCGGAGGAGGUGGCGCUGGUUCCGGUUCUGGAAGCGGUGGCGGCAAGAGCGCCCGCCUAAUGCUGCCCGUCAACGACAACAAGAAGAUCAACGACUACUUCAAUAAGCAGCAAACAAGCGUGGGCGUCGGUGUGCCAGGUGGUGCGGGAGGCAAUACCGCUGGUCUCCGAGGAUCACAUACGGGAGGUGGCAGCAAGUCACCAUCAUCCGCCCAGCAGCAGCAACAACAGCAGGUGCAGCAGCAGACGGCGGCACAGCAGCAGGGUAGCGGUGUUGCGACAGGCGGCAGUGCAGGCGGUUCUGCUGGCAACCAGGUGCAAGUGCAGACGAGCAGCGCCUACGCCCUGUACCCACCAGCUAGUCCCCAAACCCAGACGCCGCAGCAACAACAGCAGCAGCAGCAACCGGGAGCCGACUUUCACUAUGUCAACUCCACCAAGGCGCAGCAACAGCAGCAGCGCCAACAGCAACAGACUUCCAAUCAAAUGGUUCCUCCACACGUGGUCGUCGGCCUUGGUGGUCAUCCCCUGAGCCUCGCGUCCAUCCAGCAGCAGACGCCCCUGUCCCAGCAGCAACAGCAGCAGCAACAACAGCAGCAGCAACAGCAGCAAUUGGGACCACCGACCACAUCGACGGCCUCUGUGGUGCCAACGCAUCCGCAUCAACUCGGCUCCCUGGGAGUUGUUGGAAUGGUCGGUGUGGGCGUUGGCGUGGGCGUUGGAGUAAAUGUCGGUGUGGGACCACCACUGCCACCGCCACCGCAGAUGGCUAUGCCCGCGGCCAUUAUCACUUAUUGUAAGGCCACUCAAACGGAGGUGUCGCUGCAUGAAUUGCAGGAGCGCGAAGCGGAACACGAAUCGGGCAAGGUGAAACUGGACGAGAUGACACGGCUGUCCGAUGAGCAAAAGUCCCAGAUUGUUGGCAACCAGAAGACGAUCGACCAGCACAAGUGCCACAUAGCCAAGUGUAUUGAUGUGGUUAAGAAGCUGUUGAAGGAGAAGAGCAGCAUCGAAAAGAAGGAGGCGCGACAAAAGUGCAUGCAGAAUCGCCUUAGGCUCGGACAGUUUGUCACCCAGCGAGUGGGCGCCACAUUCCAGGAGAACUGGACGGACGGCUAUGCGUUCCAGGAGCUGAGUCGGCGGCAAGAAGAAAUAACCGCCGAGCGUGAAGAGAUUGAUCGGCAGAAGAAGCAGCUGAUGAAAAAGCGUCCGGCGGAGUCCGGACGCAAGCGCAACAACAACAGCAACCAGAACAACCAGCAGCAGCAGCAACAGCAACACCAGCAACAGCAGCAGCAACAAAAUUCCAACUCGAACGAUUCCUCGCAGCUGACGGGCGGAGUUGUCACCGGUCCGGGCAGUGAUCGCGUGAGCGUUAGCGUCGACAGCGGAUUGGGUGGCAAUAAUGCGGGCGCGAUCGGUGGCGGAGCCGUUGGCGGUGGCGUUGGAGGUGGUGGCGUUGGAGGUGGUGGUGUUGGCGGUGUCGGCGGCGGUGGCGGACGUGGUCUUUCUCGCAGCAACUCGACGCAGGCCAAUCAGGCUCAAUUGCUGCACAACGGCGGCGGUGGCUCGGGCGGCAAUGUUGGCAACUCGGGCGGCGUUGGCGAUCGAUUGUCAGAUCGAGGAGGAGGAGGUGGCGGCAUCGGUGGAAAUGAUAGCGGUAGCUGCUCGGACUCGGGCACGUUCCUGAAGCCAGACCCCGUAUCGGGAGCAUACACAGCGCAGGAGUACUACGAGUACGAUGAGAUCCUCAAGCUGCGCCAAAAUGCCCUGAAGAAAGAGGACGCCGACCUGCAGCUGGAGAUGGAGAAGCUGGAGCGGGAGCGCAAUCUGCACAUCCGAGAGCUCAAGCGGAUUCUUAACGAGGAUCAGUCCCGCUUCAACAAUCAUCCCGUGCUGAACGAUCGCUAUCUUCUGUUGAUGCUCCUGGGCAAGGGCGGCUUCUCAGAGGUCCACAAGGCCUUCGACCUAAAGGAGCAACGCUAUGUCGCAUGUAAGGUGCACCAAUUAAACAAGGAUUGGAAGGAGGAUAAGAAAGCUAAUUAUAUCAAACACGCUUUGCGGGAAUACAACAUUCACAAGGCACUGGAUCAUCCGCGGGUCGUCAAGCUAUACGAUGUCUUCGAGAUCGAUGCGAAUUCCUUUUGCACAGUACUCGAAUACUGUGAUGGCCACGAUCUGGACUUCUAUUUGAAGCAACAUAAGACUAUACCCGAGCGUGAAGCGCGCUCGAUAAUAAUGCAGGUUGUAUCUGCACUCAAGUAUCUAAAUGAGAUUAAGCCUCCAGUUAUUCACUACGAUCUGAAGCCCGGCAACAUUCUGCUCACCGAGGGCAACGUCUGCGGCGAGAUUAAGAUCACCGACUUCGGUCUGUCAAAGGUGAUGGACGACGAGAACUACAAUCCCGAUCACGGCAUGGAUCUGACCUCUCAGGGAGCGGGAACCUACUGGUAUCUGCCACCCGAGUGCUUUGUCGUGGGCAAGAAUCCUCCGAAAAUCUCCUCCAAAGUGGACGUGUGGAGUGUGGGUGUCAUCUUCUACCAGUGUCUGUAUGGCAAAAAACCCUUCGGUCACAAUCAGUCGCAGGCCACGAUUCUCGAGGAGAAUACGAUCCUGAAGGCCACCGAAGUGCAGUUCUCCAACAAGCCAACUGUAUCUAAUGAGGCCAAAAGUUUCAUUCGGGGAUGUUUGGCAUAUCGCAAGGAGGAUCGCAUGGAUGUGUUCGCGCUGGCCAGGCACGAGUACAUUCAGCCACCGAUACCGAAGCAUGGGCGCGGUUCGCUCAAUCAGCAACAGCAGGCGCAACAACAGCAGCAGCAACAACAGCAACAGCAGCAGCAACAGUCGUCAACGUCACAGGCCAAUUCCACGGGCCAGACAUCGUUCUCUGCCCACAUGUUUGGCAAUAUGAAUCAGUCGAGCUCGUCCUAGCUGCCAACCAAGCGCAAUUCAAACUCAUAAUUCUCCGCCGCCGCAGUAGCAGCAGCAACAUUAGCUGCCAGCCAACAGCAACUCCAACAGCAGCAGCAACAGCAA